UGCAUUUCUAGAGGGAAAAACAUAACACAUGUUAAGUUGAUGAUUUGCAUAUUUUGAAUUAAAGGAGCCAUUUGUAUUGCCCGAAGUUUAAAAUGAGAGCAUGUGUUUUCUUCUUCAAUCGUUUGUUAGAUAAUAUCAGUUACAGUUUUUAAAACGGCCAAGAUUUAAAUAAGAUUUCUUAAAAAAUGUAUAAAUUUGUGAUUAAACACUACAGAAAAGAAAACAUAUUUUCAAGUAAAUAGGAUUGUCUGUGUUUUGUCCAUAAAAUUUCACAAAACCUAUUCUUAGAUAUAACAUCAGGAUUAAAAUUUAUUGUAAGAAACAAACACUUCGUCAAAAUGUGGUACGGUAAAUUUUGGUGGACCCUCAGUGGUUUACGUCUUAUUUUCCCAGAUGUGUGUUAUAAAAACGACAAAAUAGGAUGUUACGAUAAAGAAGAACCGUUUGAACACUUUGAUAUCCUGCCGAAUUCCCCUGGACCACAUGGAAUGGAUGUCAAAUUCAAAUUGUACUCGCGAUUCAAUGACAAAAUGCCGGAACUGUUGAACGACAUUCUUUUGAAUAAGGAAAAGACUUCCAUUCGUUAUGAUCCUGGAAAGAAAGUUGUUUUCCUCAUCCAUGGGUUUAAUGACAAUGGAGAAAACCCAUGGAUUUUAAAGAUGAAGGAAAGCAUCUUGAGAAAGGAUGACAUAAAUGUAGUGAUCGUGGAUUGGGGUAAAGGAGCCAAACAUAUGAACUACAUGAUAGCUGCCUCCAACACAAGAACCGUAGGGGCCUACUUAGGUCGCCUGAUAUCCACAAUGGUGCCUGAUCUAUCACUGGUACACAUCAUAGGACACAGUCUGGGUGCACAGAUAGCAGGAUUUGCUGGAGCUUGGACAGAAGGAAAGAUAGGACGCAUAACAGGACUUGACCCAGCAGGACCUCUGUUUAAUAAGUACCACCCUAUGGCUCGUCUUGACGCCUCUGAUGCUAGUUUUGUGGACGUCAUUCAUACCGAUACGGAGGGAACGUUUAAUUUCGGUCUUGGAAUGAAUAACAUCUGUGGGGAUAUUGAUUUUUUCCCAAAUGGAGGAGAGAUGCAACCCGGAUGUAACAAGUCUGCCUUGAGAAUCGCCGACACUUUGGUCAGGUUUAAAGUCGAAGCUGCACAGCGACUUUUCCCUUGCAGUCAUGAGCGUUCCAUCGAACUCUUUACAGAAUCCAUUUUAUCCGAUUGCAAAUUUCUAUUCUGUUCCUGCACAAAGGAAGCGUUCUUAAAUGAACUUUGUAUCCAAGAAAAUUGUACACACAUGGGAUAUGACGUCGACCAAAGGGCUCGAGGAGAGUUCUACGGAUACACCCAGGCGCAUGCUCCUUUCUGCAUUACAACAACGACGGUACCAGCUAAUACAGAAGAUCAGGGAUUCAAUGCAACAGCAACACCAAAUGAAGUGAAAACUCCAGAAGCACCUGUAAAUAAGACGCUGUCCCUUAAUGGAAAUAUCAAUAUGACUGAAAACUUUGAACCUGAACACGGCGGAACAAUUCAAAGUACUCUGACCAUUGUAGAUGAUUAAGUUGGGAAAAUUAUUGAAACCAUUGUAAUCAUAUUCAUUAAAGUUAUUCGUAAAAGAUGCAUCUAAUUAAUGCCUUUUUAAAAGUUGUCUUUCUUUGUAUGCGCCACUACAUCUCUGAUAGAUGAUCUGUAACUUUACCAAUAUAUCAAAAAUACGCUUCCCUCUUUGUUGAAGUUAUAAGGAUUCUGAUCAAGGUAUUUCACUUUUCGGAAUUCUUAAAAAGGUACAUAUUUUAGUUAAUUAAUUUUUUUUAAUCUUUUGGUCUAAAAUUUUCUUGUUAUCUUAUGCAAGGAGUCGUCAGUUAUAAACUCGAAAUUUAAAUAUAAAAUUAUGCUAAAGAGAUACUUUACCAGACUUUGCCAAUAAUUUUUUGCAAUAAUAUUAAAAAGGUCUCAAACUUAAUUUUGAGUCAGAAAUUUCUGUACCAAAAAAUGAGCUCUUGUCCCAACGUUUUACUAUUUCUAAAUAACUCAAAAUUUCUUACUUCUCAGCAGGUCAUUAAAAAUUUGAUAUAACAAAAUAUACUGAGUGUUUAGAUUUUGAAAACUCAAAAUAAUAUAAUUUAUACGUGUAUUACCGAUAUUACAUGCCAAAUUUAUGCAC